CACCAUCCUCUCCUGCUGGACAGUCUGAGGUCUGUGGUACCCGGAGCUACUGUCGGACCGCCGAGAGCAAGGACAGCGGGGGCGACUCUCUCACAGGGAGACACCGAGCGUCAGCCGGAUACCGAGCCCAGGAAACCCCGCGUUGCAGCUCGACUCCCAACUGGUCGGUGCUUUACUCAGAUCAGCUGGUGGUUCAGAGGGAACGUUUGCUUUAAGGUGUGAGAGUGUGCUGAAGCUGGAUGGGGCCAUCAAGUGUAUGAGCAACACAAGAAGACCAGCAAGUGUUUGACAGGUUUACUCUGGAGCCCCUGGGUGACCUUUUGCUGCAUAAUUGGCACUUCUUUAAGGUGCUGUUUUGUAACCUGAUCUGAGCUGUUCCCGCACCAUCAUCUGCUUCAUCUUCCUGAGCAGACAUGCCUCCUGCAGUGGGUGGGCCGGUGGGAUACACCCCACCUGAAGGAGGCUGGGGCUGGGCUGUGGUGGCAGGUGCCUUCAUCUGCAUCGGCUUCUCCUAUGCCUUCCCAAAGUCCAUCACAGUGUUCUUCAAAGAUAUCGAAGUCAUCUUUGAUGCCACGCCAAGCCAGGUCUCCUGGAUUUCCUCAAUCAUGCUGGCUGUCAUGUACGGCGGAGGUCCAAUCAGCAGCAUCCUAGUGAACAAAUAUGGCAGCCGACCAAUAAUCAUCGCCGGCGGCUGCCUGGCAGGUUCGGGGCUGGUUGCUGCUUCUUUCUGCAACACUGUGGAGCAGCUGUACUUCUUCAUUGGAGUAGUAGGAGGUCUGGGACUAGCAUUCAACCUGAACCCCGCCCUCACCAUGAUCGGUAAAUACUUCUACAUCCGCCGGCCCAUUGCCAACGGCAUCGCAAUGGCAGGGAGUCCGGUGUUUCUAUCCACCAUGGCGCCUAUCAACACAUGGCUGUACGACGAGUUUGGCUGGAGAGGCAGCUUCCUGAUCCUGGGUGGACUGUUGUUGAACUGCUGCGUGGCCGGCUCUCUGAUGCGUCCCAUCGGACCCAAACCUCAGCCUGCCACGCCGGAUGCUGAGGCAGGAGAUGCCAAAGGAGCUCCAGCUCAGCCCAAGAAGACAGUGUUUCAGACCAUCAACGCCUUCAUUGACCUUACGCUCUUCAAGCACCGCGGCUUCCUGCUCUACCUGUUGGGAAACGUCAUCAUGUUCUUCGGGCUCUUCUCCCCACUCGUCUUCCUCUCUAAUUAUGCCAAGAGUAAGGAGAUCAGUAAGGAAAAGGCUGCCGCCCUCCUGUCCAUAAUGGCUUUCGUCGACAUGUUUGCCCGGCCAUCCAUGGGGUUGCUGGCGAACACCAAGUGGGUCCGGCCCAGGGUGCAGUACUUCUUCGCUGCUUCUGUUCUCUACAAUGGCGUGUGUCACGUGUUUGCGCCGCUUACGAAGGACUUCACUGGAUUUGUGGUGUACGCCGUCUUCUUCGGCUUCGCCUUCGGCUGGCUGAGUGCGGUGUUGUUUGAGACGCUGAUGGACCUGGUGGGAGCCCAGAGGUUUUCUUCAGCCGUGGGUCUGGUCACCAUAGUGGAGUGUGCACCUGUGCUGCUGGGACCUCCUCUAACAAGUACUUUCUACAACUACUACCAUCAUUAUGACUACACCUACCUGACCUGUGGCAUCAUCCUCAUCGUCUCCAGCAUCUUCCUGUUUGUCGGAAUGGGCACGAACUACCGCCUGCUGGACAAGGAGAAGAAAGAGCAGGAGAGAAAGGAGCGUGAGGAGCCCAAGGAGGAACGCACCGCCAUGUUGGAAGCUCCUUCGCAAUUGAAAUCUGACGAAGCGGCGGACAAAGACGACUCGGGCACCAAAAUGAUGGUCGAUGUCGCCAAGAUGGAUGAGGACACUCUGUGAAGCUGACAGACUGACUCGAGGAACACGCACACACACAAACACACACGCACGCACGCACAAGAGCAGCAGUCACAGCCACGCACCCUCCUACACAACCCUGAGGCCAUAGCAACAGUGUUCCUCUUUAUAGUAUCAGAGCGGCGCCUCGUCCCGCUCGGGACGCUGUAUUUUCCGUGCCUUUGGAAAGCUCAACGCUCCGGGAGCACAGGUACCUUUUUUCUAUAGUAGACUCAGACGGUUAACAAACAAAAACUUUCUCUCAGGGUCUGGAGCUGCUGCAGACUUUCAGAAUUUCACACACUUCUCCUUAUAAACUCCUCAAACGGAGUACAGACCGAGAGCCCAUUUUAUUUUACUAACGGUUCCCCCUCAGUGUUCUGCGUUCGUGUUGCUUCACUGUAAGGGCUGCUUGUAGACAAAAAGCUCGCUUCCUGUUAUUGUAGGGACAUACAUCUGCUAGGUGUGAGCGUCGCGGCUGCAGAGCACACUUUAAAGGCAGGAGGGAAGUCUAGAUUACUAACACGGGGAACGGUGUAUUUUAUUAGGUAGGCAACGUGUUUUUAACCUUUUUAUGGUGACGAGACGGACUAUAGAGAGCAGGUCUGCAACCAUCUGACUGUCCCGGUUUCUGAUAUAUUGUAUUAAAUCUUCCACACAGAGCAGCUCAUCCUGUAACGUAAAGAUGAGAUGAACAAAAAGCAUCUGGCCUCUUCUGUCCAGCCGAUUUCACCGUGGUCCACCUGCAGGAUGAGACUCCUCCCAGUAUUAACACCAGUUUGGAGCUGUGUACCCUGACUGGGCUAAUGGUGGUGCACCGACUCACUCACAUGUUGGCAGUAAUUAGGAUUACAGCAUAAAAUUUGAUCUUUAGCCAUUUUUUAUGACAAUCCCGACUGGAAGUUGGUUUUAAAUGUUUUAAUGUAUUCAGAGUUGAACUGUAGCCAGGUUUCAUCAGUUUAGUUUUCAUCUGGAACUGAACAAAAUGUCAUAUCACAUGAAGUCAAAGAGGAGAAACUCUCAGGUUGUCUUUUCUGGACUGUUUGGAUCCAGAAUGGAUGGAUCAGAAGUUUAGGGGUGUGUUUUUAUGUUUUUAGGCCAUAAUAGUAGAACACUACUACUACUUCAGUCCAUUGCCCCAGCUCCUCCUCCAGUUGCACACAACCAAAUGGAAGAGGUCAAACUGUUUGGGGCAGUACUGGUACUAAUGGGAGGCUGUUUGGUUUGUCUUUCUGUUCUUGCUGAAUUAUCCACCUGUCCACGUGAUUGAAUUUGACCCGCAUCUCUUCAGCACCAUGGAUGGAUCAUCUGCAGAGAGGCCGGCUGUCUAAGUGUGUACACAUUCCUCUGCUCUCAACCCACAUGUUCCUUCAGUCACAGCAGACAGAAAUUAUUUUUUUAUAGAAAUUGAGGCACACUGAAACCACAAAGUUUAACUUGUUUUUGUUAAAUGGUACUGUAUUUGGUCACAGCACCUUUUUUCUGUUUUUAAAACGAUGAACAAAUACUUGUUACGUUUCUGGAAAUUUGUUCUUUAGUUGCAGUGGGAGUUUCAUGUUUUGUGUGUUUCUGGCUGUUCAUGAAUAAACGGUUUUUAUGACUUAAA